AUGGAUCAAAAUGCAGAUGUCCCUCCAACUCCAAAUCAGCGAGUCAUCGAUGCUAGUCAGCCACUGUACAUGCAUCCAUCAGAAAGUGCUGGAUCUGCUAUAAUUCUGGUGAUUUUUGACGGAGCUGGUUACAGAUCAUGGCGACGUGGAGUUCUUCGUGCAUUAUCUGUGAAAAACAAAGUAGGCUUCGUUAAUGGCAAGGUGCAGAAACCAACUGAAAAUUCACCCACAUUUGCUCAGUGGGAACGUUGUGAUGAUAUUGUUACAUCAUGGAUCCUCAAUUCUCUAUCAAAGGAUUUAGCUGAUAGUCUGAAGUAUGUUAAUAAUGCAAGAGAAUUGUGGGAGGAACUGCAGGAUAGGUAUGAUCAGACGAACGGUGCGAAACUCUACCAACUUCAACAUGAAAUUAAUGAUCUCACCCAAGGAAAUCUUGAUAUCACAGGGUACUAUUCCAUGCUUCGAAGACUCUGGGAAGAGCUUAAUACUCUAGAUCCCAAUACUCAAUGUACUUGUUUGUGCAAUUGUGGUGGUAAAACCAAAAUGCACAAGGCAGAGCAGGAUCGGAAACUUAUCCAGUUUCUAAUGGGACUUAACAAGGUCUAUACAAUCGUUAGAGGGAGUAUUCUUGUGGUGAACCCAUUGCCAACUAUGGCACAAGCCUUCUCUAUUUUAGUACAAGAAGAGAAGCAACGAGAAGUCAGGCCAUCAACUCGCAUGAACUUGGAUGCUAGUUCUGGAGCUUCUACUUCACUAAGUGCUGUUUCUGGAAGAGGAAGUUUUAGAACAAAUUACUCUCAAGAUAAAAGCACAAAUAGAAGCACAUACAGAGAUCAUUCUCAGCAUCAGCAAGACAAUAGGACUUAUCCUUUUCCUGAUAUUAACAAAGCAAAUCUAUUUUGCAAUUACUGUAAGAAAGCAGGACACACAGAAGAGAAAUGCUACAGGCUGCAUGGCUUCCCCAAAAAUUUCAAAUUCACUAAGGGAAGGAAUUAUGGAUCAGCAGCAAUUGCUCACAGCAAUUGUGAAACACCACUGGAACAUGCUCAUGGAACUCAAAAUCUAACCAAAGACCAAUAUAAUCAUCUGGUGAGAUUGCUUGAAAAUUUUCAGGUGCAAGGAUCAUCUCACAGCAGCAAAGACACUUUGGAUAACAUCAUGGGUGGAGCUGCAAACUUUGCAGGUAUGUUAGCAUGUCAUUCUUCCAUCACUGACAUUGGUAAUCUUUCAUGUAAUUGUUUAAAACUAACUGCUGAAUCAUGGAUCAUUGAUUCCGGAGCCUCAAACCAUAUGACUUUCAAUAAGAAAUUACUUACCAACAUCAGACCAUUACCUUACCCUUUCCUAAUAACACUACCUAAUGGCUAUAGAGUUAAAGUGACAGAGAUUGGGAAUGCAUGUUUGAAUUCAAUAGUGACUUUAUACAAUGGCCCUUCACUGAAGAGCCUUCUGGUGAUUGGUAGAGCAAGGAGUGGCCUUUACUUCAUCUGCUCAAGUUUUAAUUCUGUAUUGAGGUGUCUUGAUGUUAACUCUGAAUUGUGGAACUGCACAAACAGUCCCUUGCAUAAUGUUCAUGAUUUGAAUGAAAACACCCUAAUUACUGUCACUAAUAACUCUGUUAAAGCCAACGUGCCACACGCUGAUACUUCACUUGAUCACACUACUCCAUCAAUUAAUCUAGAAAUAUCUCCACAUAUCACCAUUUCUAAUACCUCUAUCUCCAGUUCACAACAACCUAUUACUACCACUUCCAGCUCACAAAGAUUAACAAAUAUACCUAGAAGAACUAGUAGGACACAUUCUGUACCAAAAUACCUAAAUGAAUACACAUAUAACCUUCCCAACUUACAACCUCAAUCAUCAAUUUACCACCCUUCAAAUGGCAUCAAUAACACCAAUGAUCAACAAUUCUCUCUUACUAGUUUUAACACUGAAAGUCAGCAGCAGUUUAAAACAUAUUUCAUGAUAGUGAGCCAAGUACAUAUGGAGAAGCUGCCAUGA